AUGUCCAGCAAUAAUAUAAGUCGACACGGAGUCAAGCGUUUCUCGGACAUCAAAAUAGAGGCAGAGGAAGACUGGAAAAAGAUAUCUGAUCCCGUUCUAAGACGACGAGUACAAAACCGUCUUGCCCAGCGCCGACACCGCUCUAAGAAAAAGUUACAAAGGAAGAAGCCGAGACUACCUAAGGAGAAAGCGGCAACCCCUGCACAUGAGGCAUGUGGAGACUCAAGUCAUGCAAAUUCUAACAGCAAGCGUAAAAAGCAUGUCCAUACCCGACGCAAUCCCCAGACGAGUCACCAACUCGAACGCCCAUUUGGAGAGUGGUUAGUCACAUCGAAAAAGCCAGAAACGCUUGACUCAGAAUGUGCUCUGGAAUCACGCUCUAUGAUCGAAUCUCACAAGAACCUGGACAGCUUUUCAGUUGAGAGCUUGAUUGCAUGGACUAGAAAUAGCCAUUAA